GCGCGGCGCAAGGAGGAGGACGGAGGAGGACGGAGGCGGAGAGGGAGCCGCGAGCCUUAGUGCCCAGCGCGAGGGGCACCAUGAGUCAGGGUGGCGGCCAGCUGCGGCGCGUGGACCCACUGAGGCGCCGGCUCUCGGUGUGACAGAUUCAUAACACGUAUAACUCAACGUAUCGGCUACGCUCCUGGAUUUGACUCACGGGUUGAUUUUUAAGGGACAAUACUGGAAAUUUGAGUUUCUUUAAGCCACCUGACAGACCCCCCUGCAUCGAUUGGUUUGUCUGUGAGGCCUGAGACGCGUGGAGGACUAGCCCAAAGAUGGAUCAGCUUUCAGAUGAUGAGCUGGAUCAUGCUGCUGAGGAGGACAGUGACAAGGAGGACCAGGACCUGGAUAAGAUGUUCGGAGCAUGGCUGGGGGAGCUGGACAAACUGACAAAGAGUCUGGAUGAUGGGAAACCAGAGAAGCUACGGAAGGCCCCUCUCAGACAAGAGACCAACUUGGCCAACUUCUCGUACCGGUUCUCCAUGUACAACAUCAAUGAGGCUCUGAAUCAGGGGGACCCAGUGGACCUGGAUGCCCUUAUGGCAGACCUGUGCUCCAUUGAGCAGGAGCUCAGCAGCAUUGGCAAGCCCAACAGUGGAACCUCUCGUCUGCCUCCACCUGGGGAGGCUAAGCUGCGCCAGAGACCCCCUGCAGGCCACAGUGUCAGGCAUGGCAGUGGAAGUGGAAGCAGUGGGGGGAGUGCCAGCAGUAGUGCUCGUGCCUCACCUGCCUCAACGGUGCGUGCGGGUAGUGGUCAUGGCCGGCCGCUGGCUUCUAACUUCUCCCUGGAUGACAUCACAGCCCAGCUGGAGCAGGCCUCUCUUAGCAUGGAUGAGGCUGCCCAGCAGAGUAUGGCAUCCCCACAGCCAACCCCUUCCUCUUCUUCCGCUUCCUCCACUUCGACUUUGCGCCGGGCUUCUUCUUCAUCUGCGCCCCACCACCGCCGGACAGGCUCUGCUGGUGCUGUGAGCGACCACGAGGUACGCUCCCUGGGCCGUUCACCCCGCUCUAGUAUCAAUUCUGCAUCUGCUGGCAGCAUGGACUCCCUCGACAUGGAGAAGCCUCCACGCCCCCCUGAGGUGGAUGGUCUCCAGCAGCCUGCACCCCAACUGCCCUCACAGGAUACAAGCCCUGGGCAGUCCAGCUCCGAGCACUCCUAUCUGGACAGGGAAACCUCCCUCAUUUUGAAAAACAUUGCAGGGAAGCCCACUCACAUGCUGACAAAGGAGGAGCAAGCUGCCAAGCUGAAGGCAGAGAAGAUACGUGUGGCGUUGGAGAAGAUCAAGGAGGCACAGGUCAAAAAGCUUGUGAUACGAGUACACAUGUCAGACGAGAGCUCCAAGACCAUGAUGGUAGAUGAGCGUCAGACUGUACGACAGGUGCUGGACAGCCUGCUGGACAAAUCUCACUGUGGGUAUAGCCCCGACUGGUCCUUGGUGGAGACCAUCACCGAACUUCAGAUGGAGCGGAUCUUUGAGGACCACGAGAACCUAGUGGAGAACCUACUCAACUGGACCCGGGACAGCCACAAUAAGCUGAUGUUUACAGAGCGUAUCGAGAAAUACGCACUCUUUAAGAACCCUCAGAACUACUUGUUGGGCAGGAAAGAGACAUCAGAGAUGGCAGACAGGAAUAAGGAGGCCCUUCUGGAGGAAUGUUUCUGUGGCAGCUCCGUGUCAGUGCCGGAGAUGGAAGGCGUACUCUGGCUGAAGGAGGAUGGGAAGAAGUCAUGGAAGAAACGUUACUUCCUGCUCCGUGCCUCUGGAAUCUAUUAUGUGCCAAAGGGCAAGGCCAAGGCCUCUCGGGACCUCGUGUGUUUCCUGCAGCUGGAUCAUGUGAAUGUUUAUCAUGGCCAAGACUAUCGCAGCAAGUACAAGGCCCCCACUGACUACUGUUUAGCCCUCAAGCAUCCUCAGAUCCAGAAGAAAUCUCAGUACAUCAAAUAUCUUUGCUGUGAUGAUGUCAGAACUCUUCACCAAUGGGUCAACGGAAUCCGCAUCGCCAAGUAUGGGAAGCAGCUGUAUAUGAACUACCAGGAGGCCAUGAAGCGCACAGAAGCAGCCUAUGACUGGUCCUCUCUCUCCAGCUCCAGUAUAAAGUCUGGCUCCAGCUCGUCUAGCCUGCCUGAGUCCCACUCAAACCAUUCCACCCAGUCGGAUAGCGGCGUGUCGGACAGCACCUGCUCCAGCCACGCGCGCUCCCAGAGUGUGGUCAGCUCCAUCUUCUCUGAAGCCUGGAAGAGAGGGACCCAGAUGGAGGAGAGCUCCAAGGUAAAGGCAGAAUCUGUCAGAGGACCUCCUGCGGUCCAGCAGCCGGCCUCGUCUCAGCCACAGGCGCGCAGCAGCUUUCCCAGUGUGUCUGUACAGCCAUCUCCUCCACCACCCCCUCCCCCGCCUCCACCGCCACCUCCUCCACCCCCUCCUCCUCCCCCACUGCCCAACCCAUCCCACCACGCUGCCCCCACUAUGUUUGCCAAGUAUAGCACCAUCACCCGCCUGCAGAACGCUUCCCAGACUGCCAGUCAUUUCAAGCCCCCAUCGCUGGCCCAGCAGCUGUUACCCCCUGCCCUGCCGCCCCAUGCUGUUAAACCCCAUGUCAAUGUCCCUGCCACUGUGAAUGUCCCACCCCCUCCUCCACCCCCGCCACCACCUCCUAUGCCAGCCCCAGGCUCUGCCAUGGCUGUGUUGAAGCUGGGCGCCGCUGCAGCUUCUCCACCUCCAUCCACCACGACUCCUCCACCUCCCGUGCAGGGGCAGCCAAUGCUGUUGUCCUCCCGUCUGCAGAGCAACGGCUUUCCACCGGCUCCAUCCCUCAGUAGCAAUGGGCUGCAGCAAGUCCUUGCACAGAAAUUUCCCAAUCUGCCUGUGGAUGUCUCCCCCCCUGCCAGCCAGAUUGAGUCACAGCCUGUUCCUCAGCCGUCGCCGCCGCCACCACCACCACCUUCUGCUCCAUCACCACCUCAACUUCCUCUCCAGCAAAUAACAGCUCCUCCAACCCUUGCUCCAGCACCACCACCACCACUGCCUGUUCAGCGAGUAGCAACCCCUCCCCCUCCUGCUCCAGCUCCCCUUCUACCCCUUCUCCAGCAAGUGGCAGCUCCACCCCUUCCUGCUCCAGCACCACCUCCACCCCCUCCUCAGCAAGUGGCAGCUCCUCCCCCUCCAUCUCCAGCACCACCACCUCCUCCUCCUCCUCCUCCUCCUCCACCUCCUCCACUUCAGCAAAUACGAGCCUUUCCAUCUCCCCCUCCUGCUCCACCAUUUCUGCAGCAAGUCCCAGCACCACCACCACCACCUCCUCCAGCUAAAAACUUUUCUGGUGGCAUUCCCCCUCUUACUGCUCCUAAACCAUCUGGCCAUCCAACAUCCCCUGUGUCACUGUUCCCUCCUGUCCCACCCCCUCCCCCUCCCCCUCCAGGUCCAAUAAAAAAGCAGCACAUUGUCCUUUCAGGCCACACCCCUGCUCAGCCCCCACCCACCAUGCCAAAACAGCACAGCUUUGCCUCCAAAUGUGCGGCCACCUCAUCGCUGGUGAAACAAAUAGCCAGCCAGUUCCCUGGCUCCUCCCCCAACACUCUGCACGCCCCUGAGAGUUCCAAGGCCUCUGCUCCACCAUCACCCCCUGCAGUGAAAACUAAACCGAAGUGGCAGGCAGGGGUGCAAAACCAGCAGCAGUCUCCCGAAUUCCCUCCACCUCCCCCAGAGGGCAGUCUCGACUUCCCACCCCCUCCUCCUCCUCCUCCACUCCCUCCCGUUCCUCCUCCCCCACCCCUUCCACCAAGCAUGGGCUCCCCGGCAAAGUCUGCCAUCUCCUCGUCCAGCUUCGGAGAAAAGAAGACUAAAAAGGUAGAGGAUCUAGUGAGCAGGUUUGGCCAGCCAUCUACAUCUGCUUCCAGCGUGUCUUCUUCCAGUUCCCCCUCGAAGGACCCCCCUCCAGGCCGCUUGGCCACGCCCAAACCAGGGAAGCUAAACCUCUCUAAUUUGCCCCUGGCUCUUCAGGGUCUAGCUGGCCAACAUCAGCAGUCUAAUGGUGACUUUCCUGCACCGCCACCUGAUUAUGACUACUUCCCUCCUCCGCCACCUGACUCGGAGCUCCUGCCUCCGCCUCCGCCGCCACCGCCCCCUCCGCCACCCCCUCCCCCACUCCCUGUUGACAAAGUGGCUUUGGUAACACCUCAGCCCCAGUCUGCUUCAUGGAACAAGGCCUCGCUGAAGAAGACACCCCCACCCAUACAGCUUCGUCGUAACGCUGGCACCCCAGAGCCGCUACCCCCCUCCCCUCCUCCACAGCAACUGCCCCCCACCUCCCCCAAGGGGAACCUGACAGUCCAGCCCAACUUCCUAGAGGACCUGAACCGGACUCUGAAGCGCAAGUCAGUCACCAGGCACGGCUCCCUCACUUCUUCACGGGUCUCGGCCCAGCUGGAGCCCGUUGCCACCAUGGAUGACAUGGUACUGCCACCACCACCCCCCGAGCUGCUGCUGGAGCAGAAACAGGGCAACUAUGCUUCCAGCAACAUCUCAGGCUAUGCAACUCUACGGCGGGGGCCCCCACCUGCGCCCCCUAAACGGGACCAGAGCACCAAACUUACUGGGUAGUGGGGGUGCUGCAUGGAACCCACAUAGACUGAGGAAGUUGGAGCUUCAUCACAGCUUCUUCUGCCAUCGCAUCCUACACAGGACUGUGCAAGUGCUAAGUUUCUCCUCCUAUGAGACAGUUAAUACUUUUAAAAAAAAAAAAAAAAAAAAAACAAAAGAAACUGCAAACCAAAAGCACCAGUCAGCUUUUCCACGUGUUUGUGCUGCUCUGUAUUAAUGUUGAACACAGACCAUUGCUCACAGUGACUUAUGCUGCAAUAUCCUGGUACUGCAUGCUCUCGCCUAGGGACCCGAGUCAACGGAAGAGGCCACUUGGGGCAGUAAAAGGGUUUCAUGAAAAAUGAGAUGAUUUGGACUGAGUGUGAUGCUAUACCUUUUUCUAUAUAAAAUGAUUUGCUGUGUGAUUUUUUUUUUAUUUUUAUUAUGCAGGUAAUUUUUUUAAACUUCAAAAGCAGUUCAGUGUUGGGGUCUGCCAUCUGCGUUUGGCAGUGCAGAAGGUGGGGUGGCGAAUGUGCAACAUGUAUGUUGUUUGGGUGUGGGGAGAGGCACCUCUUUAGCUAUCCUGUGUGCAAACCCCUGCUUGAGGUUUAUUCAUGGGGCAGAUUCAGGAUUCAGAUGUUCUCCAUCUCUUGUGUAAGCUGUGUAUAACAUGGCCUUGAAUGAAAAGAACAAACAUUUGCCUACUGCACCAAAAUGGUUGAAACCAGAUCAAUGUACAACUGGAAAGUGAACAAUACUUGAUUUAGAGCUUUUUUUUUUUUCCCUCCCCCUUCAAUGAAAAGCUUCAGGGCUCAUAUUGGGGAAAAAGAUGCAUGAAAUGCCAAGGUUGUGGGGCAGUGUUGACGGUGGGUGUGGGUUUUAUGCCACUCUUGAUGUGGUUGACUUCUCUCGGUGCUGCUUACCGCUGCUCCUCCUAAACUGAGACAAUGUGAGACUAUACCUAGCUGGUUUUACGCUACACCCACCUGGUCUGCUUCUCCCGGCUAGCAACGCAUGACGCAAGGCUGUACAAUUUGCUCUUUUCCAAGUGUUUUCCUUUUCAUCCCGGGGAGGGAUGGGACACUGCGGGAUCUCGCUGGCCUUCAUAGGCAACCAGUUUUCUUCACAGCCUCAACAGGAGCUGGCAAAAAGGUACAGCACAGAGAACCCUCCCCCUGUGCUGGCAAUCUAUAGGAUGUGGUGACAGCAUUUCUGGGAGGUACAAGAAGUCCAGUUCCCUGACCUGAUUUGUCCCUCUUCACCCUCCCAAUGCAGCCCUAACAGCACCAUUGGGCAAAGGAGAGAGACUCAACUUACGGAUGUAGCCUGUGACUUAUGAAACAUGUACACCUUUACGUCCGUGUAUCAGAACGUUGGUUUAUAUUAGUGUAUUAUUCAGUUUAAGCAUUCAAUCAAAUAUUAAAGGAGCAUUAAAUAUUGUAUCUGAUGGUGAAUGCCAUAUGUGCUAUUUAAUUUCAGAAACACUUGGAAUAUUGGAAAUGACUGACAUAAUAAAGACUAGAAUGUCUCUUGCAUUUAAACUGAAGCUCAAAAUAUAGAUGUUUAAAUCCUACACCUUGAUGUUGAAGUAUGGGGUUUUUUUGUCUUUCAUUACAGCAGUAUGAAUGAGUCAGCUGUGAAAUAAAUGCCUUGCUAUAUA